AUGGGGAAGACGAAAUCUGGAGAGAGACCAAAGCAGAGACAGAGGAAAGGGUUCUGGUCACCUGAAGAAGACGAGAAGCUAAGGAGCUUCAUCCUCUCUCAUGGCCAUUCCUGCUGGACCACUGUUCCCAUCAAAGCUGGGUUACAAAGGAAUGGGAAGAGCUGCAGAUUAAGAUGGAUUAAUUACCUAAGACCAGGGUUAAAGAGGGAUAUGAUUAAUGCAGAAGAAGAAGAGAUAAUCUUGACCUUUCACUCCUCCUUGGGUAACAAGUGGUCGCGGAUUGCGAAAUACUUACCGGGAAGAACAGACAACGAGAUAAAGAAUUAUUGGCACUCUCAUUUGAAAAAGAGAUGGCUCAAGUCUCAGAGCUCACAACGCGCAACGUCUCUUUCUUCCUCUUCUUCCGAAUCACAUGUUGCUUGUGGAAAAAGAAACUCGCAAACAUUGGUCUCGAAUCACGUAAUCUCCUUCCAGAGACUUCCAGAGAGCAAAUUUUCAUCCCCGUCAGAAGAAAGCAACGGAAACAUCAGCUAUCAAUGUUCUUCUUCUGGUCCUGAGAUUCCAAGCCUUUUCUUCUCUGAGUGGUUUUCUUCUUCAGAUCCCCAUACCGAUUAUUAUUCCACUGAUUUCACAGACUCCAACCACAAUCAUGCUCCAACUACUGUAAAAUCUUCCUCACAUUAUGAAGAAAUGGGUGAUGGUGAUCAGUUCCAUUACAACGAAAUGAUGAUCAACAACAGCAACUGGACUCUUAACGACGUCGUGUUUGGUUCGCAGUGUCAGAAGCAGGAGCAUAUGAAAAGAUAG